GUCACGUUUUAUCAGCUGUCAUGGUACAUCAUAGUAGUUCAUUGAAGUUAAAUAGGCUUACUAAUGUAUGAAAACUUGUAACACGUACUUUGAUGCUGAACGAUUGAAUGUUUUUUUGUUUUAUAAACAAUUGGAAAUAACAUAUCUUUUUUUUGCAUUUUGUUCGAGUUUCUUCGCUGCAACGUUUAAUAUGGCACUAGAAGAGGACGAAAACACUUGGAUAUUGGAAUUAGAAGCAGCACUUCUUGACACAGAAGCACCAUCUGCAUCUGACAUAUAUGCUAUAUGUAAAGGCCAAUCAGUUCCUGUAAAUUUAAGACCUGAUGUCUGGCAGGCUUGUCUCUAUGUUACCGAUCACAGUGAUCAAAUAAACCAAUUUAAUGAAGUAUAUGAUUUGCCUGAACAAAAUAUUAUUCGUGAAGAUUGUCAACAAUUAGUUGCAAAACUUGGAAAUGAUGAUGAAGAUAAGGUUUCUGUAGUUUCUGAUCUUGAAUCCAUAAUAACAUUUUAUUGCAAAAAUAAAUGUAAAACAUACAAAAGAGAAAAUGGAUGGUUAGAAUUAUUAGGUCCUCUAAUAACUUUAAAAUUGCCACGUAAUGCAACUUAUAAUCUUUUUGAAGCAAUAAGAGAGAUUUAUAUUCCAAGAGAUGAAACUUAUAGUUCAAUUUUAAGAUUAUUAUUGCUUUACCAUGAGCCAGAACUCUGCUCAUUCUUGGAUACAAAAAGAAUAUCUCCUGAUCACUAUACAAAAGUAUGGAUAAAUACACUUUUUGCUGGUGUCUGUUCCUUGCCAGCAGUUUGCAAAAUGUGGGAUCUAUAUUUUAUGCAAGCUGAUCCGUUUUUUUUGCUGUUUCUUUCUCUUAUUAUGGUUAUAAAUGCCAGGGACCAAAUUUUAAAUAUGAAAGAUGAAGACAAGCAAAGUAUAAUAGAUACUAUAGCAUCAAUGCCUUGUGCUUUAGAAGCAGAAGACGUAACAGAUUUUUGUUCUUUGGCACAGUACUAUGCGAUGAAAACACCAAGUUCUUUCAAACAAGAUUUAUAUCCUGUAAUGUUUGGCGAAUCUUCCGAAGAAAAGCUAAUAUCCCACGCGUUGUGUUUGCCUGUACUAGCGCAGGAAUUAGUGGAGAAUUCUAUCGAAGCUCCAUCCGUACCUAAUAGCACGGUCGAGACCGUUAAAUUUUUUCUUGUUGAUUGCAGACCUGCUGAACAAUAUAACGCAGGCCAUCUACCAACAGCUUUUCAUCUUGAUUGCAACUUGAUGCUUCAAGAACCUGCAGCAUUUGCUACAGCAGUACAAGGAUUGUUACAAGCUCAACGUCAAGCAUUGGCUGUUGGUUCUCAAGCUGGUGGAGAACAUCUUUGCUUUUUGGGAAGCGGCAGACAAGAAGAAGAUCGGUAUACACACAUGGUGGUAGCGUCCUUUUUACAAAAACAUACGCAAUACGUAAGCAUGGUCACUUCUGGAUACCAAGCUAUUCAUGAAUAUUUUGGCGAUGAAGUAGUGUCAAGCUUGAUUGAACAUAAUUCGCAACAUUGUCUGGUGUGCAAUGCUAACAUGUUAGAGGAAACGUCGAACGACGAGAAUUUAGUUAAAGUCAAAAACAACAAUUCAGAUUUACUGGGAAAGAUCGGAUUAGCAAUGAAAUUAAAAGGUCAAGAAGUAAAGGGAAAGUUGUUCGAUUAUAUCGUUAAUCCUCAAGCAAACGUUACUAGCAAUACAGAGAAAAAAGAUAGCAAAGAUUUAGACUAUAUUAAACGCCAGAGGAAAACCGCACCUGUAUUUAGUAUAGAUGAUGACCAGGAAUUAGAUAUGACAAUGACUAAUAACGAAAGCGAAGAGCCUAUUGAAGUAGUAUCUAUACAGCAAUGGAUGAAAGAUCCUAAGCUAUUACAUUCCUUUAAAUGUCAAGAAGUAAAAGUUAACGGCGAUCUCUGUGAUAGUCAAUUAUUAGUUACCGAUAGUCAUCUUAUAGUUUUACGAGAAAUUCCGGAGAGAAAAGGUGCCGCACAUGUAAUAGUGAAACGUCCCUUAACAAGCAUCGUUAAGAUAACGUCGAGAAAGCGACAUGCCGAUCUAAUAACUUUCAAAUAUGGUAUAACACAAUAUAACAAUACGGUUAUUUCAGAUAUGGAUAAGUUUCUUAUACCCAACGCGAGUGAGGCAACUAAAUUGAUCACACAGCAAAUAAUGAAACAAUUGGAAACAGCAGAUUAAUAUUAUAGAUAAACGUGUUUUAUAUAUAGUAGUGCAAACAAUGUCAAAAUUAAUGUACAGAUGUCUUAUAAUGUCAAUGUCUAUAUGUAAACAAGUUUUCUAAAAACAAUUUGUUUCUCACAUAUUCAAAAAAUAUGCUUGAUUUUUUAUGUUUAUUAUUUAUUAAUUUAUUGUG